CUGAUUAUAGGCCCCCGCACAUGGCAUUUAGCAACAUCGCACGGAGAUCUCAUCGAGUUCAUGAGCAUGUCCGGGGUUGACCCUGCUUGGCGUCGUGAUGUUUGUGCGUGGGGUGUUUUCGCGAUGCGAGCAUGGACCGUCCUCAUGGCCAGCAAGGAGUAGCGAGAGUAACCAAAAAUCCUGCAUAUUGCAGUCUGCAUCACACGGGAUAUAUAACAUCGAAAAUGCGUAUAAAUAGUUUCUCAUUUCCGCCGAGUGUUGCUUCAAGCUUAAUGCGUCCAUCAUUGCUUUCAUUGCCAGUGUCAUAGGCUGAUCGUCGAAAUGCGAGCUUCCCAGAUCUCUUCCUUGCUUCUCGCCGCCACUGGUGCUAGUGGCGCUGUCUUAGAGCGCCAAAAUGGAGGCGGUUUUGAAGAUGGUCAACCAAUUGAUGGCAAUGGCAAAGGCGCUCCAAUCUUAGGCGGCACGAACCAUGCCCUUGAUCUUCAAAACCCAGACAAUCUAGGUCAACAGAGCACCGACAGUGGCGUUGUGCCUAACGUCAAGUGGAGUUUCUCGGAUUCCAAGACCAGAAUCUUGAAAGGGGGUUGGGUUCGAGAACAAGUAGUCACGGACUUGCCCACAAGCAAGGAGAUUUCGGGCGCUCAGCAGCAUUUGACCAAGGGCUCUAUCCGAGAGCUUCACUGGCAUCGGGUGGCCGAGUGGGGAUAUGUGUAUGCUGGAUCGAUUUCGGUUUCUGGCGUUGACCAAAAUGGCCAAUUUCAAGUUGCGACGCUUGAAGAAGGGGACAUUUGGUACUUUCCUAAAGGUUUGGCGCACACUGUCCAAGGCCUUGAUGACGAGAAUGAGUUUCUUCUCAUAUUUGACGACGGCAAUUUUGAUGCUGUUGGGACCACGUUCAAUGUAGACGAUUGGAUCACUCAUACUCCUAAGUCCAUUCUGGCCAAGAACUUUGGUCUUUCCGAGGACGUCUUCGGUUCAGUUCCGUCGCCAAACCCGUAUAUUACAAACGGAACUGUCGAUCAUCACAAUGUGACGGGUGGUAAUGGCGAGCUUACUGGCAACGCUUCUUUCGCAUAUUUCGCAAAAGAUCAUCCGCUUGAGAAGGUUCCGGGCGGCGGCGGCACGCUUCGCAUCGUUGAUUCAAAGACUUUCCCCAUCGCGACAACAAUAGCAGCUACUGUGGUCACCCUUGAACCCAGAGGCCUCAGGGAACUACACUGGCAUCCGAAUGCGGAAGAGUGGCUCUACUUCCACAAAGGCCAGGGACGUGCGACUGUAUUUCUUGGCAGUUCUGCUGCUCGAACUUUUGAUUUCCGUGCGGGAGACACGGGUGUAUUCCCUGACAACAGCGGCCAUUAUAUUGAGAAUACGUCUGACACCGAAGACUUGGUCUGGAUUGAGAUUUAUAAGAGCGACCGAGUCGAAGACAUCUCCCUGACGCAGUGGCUCGCUUUGACACCAGCAGGUAUCGUCGCUACUACUCUGAAGAUUCCGGUUGAUGUCGCAGAAAACUUGCAGAAGGAGAAGCAACUCCUCAUCAAGAAUAGGUAA